AACUCACCAAAAACAAAUUCGUGUUCUUUUUAAGUUUCCCAUCAAUCCCCAUUAAAAGAAAAAUGGUGGUUUCAUCUUCAUCUUCACGCCAUGGACUGGCAAUCCUUUCCAUCAUCGUCAUCCUCCAAUUCACGACCUCCAUAGCCAAAAGCUUCAACAACACACCAUAUCACCACACAACAAACACCGAGUACAUCAGAUAUUCGUGCAUGGCCACGACGUACCCCAGGUUAUGCUACCGUUCCCUUUCGAUCUACGCCUCCAAAAUCAACACCAGCCCCAGAUUGUUGGCCCAAUCGGCGCUCAUAAUCACCUUCAAAGCCAGCAAAUCGUCGUCCAGGCUGAUGAGGAAACUCGCCAGAACCCACGGUUUGAAACCCCGGGUCGCGGCGGCCAUGGCGGAUUGCAUCGAGUUGAUCGGCGACUCGCUGGACGAGUUGCAGCAAUCGAUCGGCGAACUCGUCCUGUUGAAACGCUCGAAUUUCGAACUCAUAAUGAGCGAUGUUCAGACCUGGGUUAGUGCCGCGUUGACGGAUGAAGACACGUGUAUGGAUGGAUUUGCGGGGAGAGCCAUGAAUGGGUACGUGAAGACGAUUGUGAGGAAACGGGUCGUCAAAAUUGCUCAUUUGACGAGUAAUGCAUUGGCUCUCGUCAAUAACUAUUCUUCUUCAGUGUCUUAGAUCCCUUUGAUUUUCUCGAGAAAAUUUUGAAGAUAAAGAAAAGAAGAC